AUGGAAGGCUUCAUGGAUGCAAGGUGUGGCGAGUGUUCUGAAGCUGUUAAUAACUGUGGUUUCAUCGCUAAUAAUCGUUUAUGGCACUGUGAUCAUUUCCGUUGCUCGCGUUGUAAAGCAAAUAUAACACGUGAGUAUUACGUAGAUAAUGGUAACGCUGUGUGUGUUAUAUGUACACUUAUACGACCAACGCCUUGUCAUAAGUGUGGUUAUACUAUAAAUGAAACAUAUCUGGAAGCUAUGGGAUAUUGUUGGCAUCAAAAGUGUUUUCUUUGUUAUGGAUGUAAAAAACCUUUUCCAAGUGCAAAGUAUUGGCUACUGAAUGGACAUCCUUAUGACAAUGAUUGCUAUUGGGGCGCAAGACUUGAUGCACAAUAUUUUGUAAAAUAA